AUGCUCAGCGAUGUCGGGAUGGAUUGGUUAGCGUCCGGGUGCAAUGCACUGACCCACCUCGAUGUUUCUGGCUGUGUGGCUCUGACCGAUCUAUCGUUACGUGCGAUCAGCGAGAGCAUGUUGCAGCUUCGACACCUCAAUAUUCGGCAUUUAUCUCGAGUUUCAGAUCAGGGUAUCCGCCGGUUAUCGAUGGGAUGUCCAGAACUAACGUACCUAGACGCUGAGGGGCUUCCACUUCUCUCGGAUCUGCACACUUCGUCUGGCAACGGUGGUGGCGGCAACGAGGUGUACCGUCAAGGCAUCGCUGCGCUGGCGGCAGGUUGUUCAAAGCUGAGGCACUUGGACUUGUCCAACUGUGCUGCGAUUUCGGAUGGAACGCUGCAUUGUGUAGCGACAUCGUCCGCUGAGCUAACCACGCUCGUGUUGUCAGGCUGCUAUCGUAUUACCACAACUGGAGUGAAAGACGUCUUAGCUCACUGCACCAAGCUGGUGUCGCUCAAUGUCGCGGAGUGCGAUCAGCUUCAUGUGCUUCGUUUACGCGGCACUCGAGUUUCCGACGUGACGUUGAAAUGGCUAAGCCGCUAUUCGCCGCAGCUUCGUGAGCUGGACGUGUCGGACUGUACUGGGGUGACGGACAUGGGUUUGCUGGCGCUCACUGGGGCUACGAUGGCCGGAACUCUACGAAGUCUGUGGCUUCGAAACGUUGCUGACAUCACGGAGACGGGGGUGUCCUGGCUGGCUGAAAAGUGCACCAAGCUCAUGCUGCUAGACCUGACGGGGUGUCCAAAGAUCCGCUCGUUUUCGAUCAAGGCCCUCGCUUCGUCUUGGAAGUUCGCACUCUACGCGUGUAAUGAACAAUUCAAAGGCAUGACACCUCGCCACCGUGCAGAAGAUUGGCUGUUCAUCGAAGAGUACGGCAACUGCUGGCGAGCUGCGAUUCAUAUUCAAUGCAUGUAUCGAGCUCGAGUGGCUCGGCGGAUCGCGCGUCAGAAACGGGAGGAGCGGUUGAUCCUGUGGGUGGCAACUCGGCUCCAGAGUGUAUACCGCGGACGCCAGGCUCGGAAGUACGCCAUCAUCUUGCGCUUUCAGUUCAACAAGGAGACGGAGGCUGCCACUAAAAUUCAACGGGCUUAUCGUGGGCUUUUAGCGAGGAGAGAGGCCCAGAGACUUCGCGAACUGCGUCAUCAAGCGGAAGUACUGCGAGCGGCAAGGACGAUUCAAGCUUCCUGGAGGAAAAAGAGACUGAGAGAAAGGUUGCGGAGCCGACACCUCCGCCGUCUAGCAUACGAGGACAAGCUGCGUCGCUGUGCUAUCCAGAUUCAGCGGCGCUGGCGAGGCAAGAAAGACCGCGAACGCUUCAAUUUAAUUCGCGCUGCAAAGAUGGCCAAGGACCGAGAAGAGUUUGAGGCCGCUAGACAGUUGCAGAGCAUUUACCGUGUCCGCGCAGCACGCCGAGCCGCGAACCUCAAGCGUGAAGAAUUAAGGAACGAGGAGAAGCGACGAGAGCGAGCUGCUAUGACGUUGCAAGACCAUAUAAGACGGCACCGAGCAAGGAAAGAGCUUCGUGCAAUGCGCGCGUAUGUGGCUGAGGUGAACGGUGCUGCAGCCCGCAUUCAAAAGGGGUGGCGAGCGAAGAAGAGGUACCAGGCCAACCAGAUCAUUGUGAUGGUCCGACAGAAGAAGCGCGAGAAUGAUGCAGCCGUGAAGCUCCAAGCAGCUUGGAAGCGACGGAAAGCGAGGAUCGAGGUGAACUUAAUGCGCUUGGCACGAGACUUGCAGCAGCAGAAACUUGUAGACGCGGCGUUGAUGGUGCAGACGAAUUGGCGGGGUAGACAUGGUCGGCUGGAGGCACAGGCGCUCAAGCAGACUGCGAUGGAGAAAAUCACGCAGCUCUUGAAGAUCCAGAAUCACGCCGUCACGUUCGUACAAGCACACUACCGUGGAUGGAAGGGCCGAGAAUUGUAUCGAGAGGCGAAGCUGAACAAGAAGAAGCGCUGGAAAGAGAUCGUCCGCCCUGAAAAUGGCGAGAAGUUCUACUAUGUGAUGACAGGCGAGGUGCGAUUCCGGAGACCUCAGGACGUUUUGGAUCUGCUACCGAAGCCGCUUUGCGAAAACUGCGGUACAGUCAACCGUGAAUGCUGGGCCAACGUCCAUUCGGGUGGUCGACGCAAGCUGCACGAGUUCCGAGCGCUGUACGACUACUACAACCGGCGCGUGGACUAUGGAGAUUGGGAGUUCCCCUCGCGGUGGCCGUCCGAGAUUGAGCAGGACGAGAUGGACGGGUGGGGGUUCCGAACGCACCCGCGGCGCAGGCCGGACGAAGUACAAGGCCCCUGGGAACGCUACGUGGACCCCGACACGAAUCGCGAGUGGUUCUACAACCGCGAGACGGAGGAGAACAGCUAUACUGCCCCAGAGGGUUUCGCGGUGCAGUCGAGCGGCGCAGACUCAGCCGAGUGGAUCAAGUACUACGACGAGAAGCAGGGCGCGCACUACUACUACAACAUCAGGACGCAGGAGAGCACAUACACUCAGCCAGCAACGUACGCCACGCCACGCCUUGCGCCGGCCUCCGCGGCGGUGCCUCCGACCGCCAACCAAGACGGAUGGGAAAAGCACAUCGACCCGCAGAGCGGCUACCCGUACUACUUCAACCGGUUGACCACGGAGAGCGUGUUCGCCCGCCCCAUGGGCUUCGUGACGACGCGCGAGGCGGACGCGGGUGCGACUGCGCUCGGUUGGGCCAAGUACUUUGACGCGUCGAGUGGCAGCUACUACUACUACAACGCGCAGACCAACGAGAGCCGCGCCGACCGGCCGGACGCGUUUUCGACGCCGCGGAUCUCGGCGGAGGACGCAGCAGCGACAGCGGUUGGGGGCCUGGCCGAGUUCUACGACCCGGGCACAGGCAAGACCUACUACUUCAACGCGCAGACCACCGAGUGCCGCCAAGCUGGACGCGACGUGCAGCGCGCGGAGUAA